CGUCACGGUGUCACGUGUGCUUCAGCCUCUGCCCAGGCAAUUCCCCGCUCUACUUUCAGAUGUGUACACAUAGCCUACUUACACACAUGCACGAACACACGCUGAAAACACAACACAUAGCUAAUAACGGCAACUUCACGAUACAUACAUAUCAAACACACUCAAAAACAGGUGCAUGCACAGUUGUUUUCUCGCAGUAAAAUGUGUGGAAGGACUGCGUGCACCCUUGCUCCUGACGAGGUGAGCCGAGCCUGCAGCUACAAAUCCCGGGGAGGACAGAGGAGAGAGCCCCGCUGGAGGGAGGGAGACGCGGAUAAAUACCGACCGUCUUACAACAAGAGCCCGCAGUCCAUGAGCCCCGUCCUGCUGUCCCACAGGCACUUUGAUAAGACUGCUCCUGUGGAUGAGUGUGUGUUGGCUUCCAUGCGUUGGGGUCUGGUUCCCGCCUGGUUCAAGGAGAAUGACCCGAGAAAAAUGCAAUACAGUACCAACAACUGUCGCAGUGAGAAUAUACUGGAAAAGAAAACAUACAAGGACCCUCUGAUAAAAGGGCAGCGCUGCGUCAUCCUGGCUGAUGGCUUCUAUGAGUGGAGGAGGCAGGAAAAAGACAAGCAGCCUUUCUUCAUAUACUUCCCUCAGACUAAGGGAACCAGUGAAGAAAAAACCGAGGAUGAGGACGACCCCAUGACCUCAACCCGCAAUAAGGAGAACUCGGAGACAGCGUGCCCUCCAGAGUUGGCCUCCCCCGACUCGACUCAGGGAGGAGAACCAGGUGAGUGGACUGGAUGGAAGCUGCUGACCAUGGCUGGACUGUUUGACUGCUGGACGCCUCCCGGUGGUGGAGAACCCCUCUACACGUACAGCGUAAUCACUGUGAACGCCUCCAAAAGCCUGGAAAGCAUCCAUGACAGGAUGCCAGCUGUCCUGGACGGUGAGGAAGAAGUGAGAAGAUGGCUGGAUUUUGGGGAUGUGAAGUCUCUGGAUGCCUUGAAGCUGCUCCAGUCUAAAAACAGUUUGACUUUUCAUCCCGUCUCUUCGUUAGUGAAUAACUCUCGCAACAACUCCCCAGAGUGCCUUCAGCCAGUGGAUCUCAACAGCAAAAAGGAGCCCAAACCUACAGCCAGCAGUAAGAUGAUGAUGAGCUGGCUGAAGAGCAGUGCACCUUCAAAGAGGAAGGACCCCGACACGGUCGAGAGUCCAGAAGAGAAAGAAAUCAAAGCAGAGGCUCAGAGCAAAUCUGCAGGAGGCCUCCAGCAGUGGCUUCAGGGGGCCAAUAAGAAACCAAGAACCAAAUAAAGAUGUGAACUUGUACAUUUAAGCCAUAUGUAUUCCUCUUCUCUAUAGUAUGCCUUUGCUUAUAAACCAAUAGUAUUUUAAGAUAACGCUUCACAUGUUUGUACCAUUUCAUUUCAGUAUGUUAAUAAAUGUCAGAAAUAACCAGCAUGUUUUAUUCAAGAUUUUUUAUUACUUGAAACGCGAAGACAUUUCGCAACAAUGUAGAUUCUAUGCAUUUAUCAUAUUAAUAAUAUAAUAAUGAUGAAUGCCAAUACUCCCUCCACCCCACAUUUGUUUUCUUCUUUCAAAGUUACAGUAUGUAUGCUAUCUUGUAAUCUAUAAUGCAUUUCAAAGUUUUAACAUAAUAUGAACAGACAGUUAAAGGUCUGAUCGGUUAAAAGAAAUGUCAAGCACUUAAAUCGUUGGCCAACGAGCGACUGGCAGAGUCGGAUAUGGAGAAUUACAACACCACGCUUUGCCUCCCCCACACAAUGAUUGAGAGGUUUGCAAAUAUACAAAGUCUUGCAAUAGUUUACAGUAAAAAGAAACUAACUAAUAGCAUCAGUUAUGAAUGGUGAUGAGAAAGACCUCUGCUCAGGUAGAAUGACAUACUGUCUUCAUUUGGUUAAUUCCCACGUCAAAUGUACCAAAAACAAGCGGGUAUGAGAUGCACCUUCACUUCCUCCAGUGGACAAACAGCGUGUUAGGAGCCCAGUCACACAAAUGUCCUCAACCUGAGCUACAAAUGCGUUUAGUGUGGCUCCAAAAAUGAGAUGUCAUCAGUAAUUGUGGAUUACAGCAAAGUGCAAAAAGAAAAAUCUGAAUUCUGUACACACUGACGGACCAAUCACGGAGCUGGAUUUCUAAUUCUGUCCCAAUUAACCAGCAGACAGCAUAUGAGUGUGACCCACCUUCACACAUUCUGAUCCUUCACUACCAACUGAUUUCUUUAUAGAUUGCAUGAGGUAAAGUGAAAACACGGUAACAAGUGUUUUCUUUUUUAAAGUUAAACAAAAUUAAGCCACAACACAAAUUAGUAAAAUGGGGGAGCAGUGUUUUUCUUCCAUUCAUGCAGCAGUGGCGGGCCGUGAAAGUAGAAAACAACCACCACUUGUUUAAGAAACUGAUGAAAAAAAGCCCAACAACUAAACAUUAGUUUUUUCUAAUUUUACUCAUCAACACAAAUAUGUAGAUAUAAUGCUUCGAUUGACCAAAUAAAAGCAGUUAGAACCAAAACUGGGCGUGAAAGCAGCGAUAUGCAUGGAACCGAAAAUGAGGUUACCCCGAACCACCACCACCAUCAUCAUGGAAAAGUACAUGGGGGAAAACUGGGA